ACUUUUGUUACCCACCACACUUUCAAGACACUUGACACCAAAGAUACCUCUGCAACAGCAUACCAGUACUUCAGCUGAGCUGCCAAUCGAUCAACAAUCUCUCGUCAGGGCUUGUAAAGUAGCCAGACCGACAGCUCUCGGUGGCGUUGAAUUCGUUGUUUAGCUUGCCCAUUGUUAUACCGGUAGCUUGCCCAUUGAUUGCUCUCGUCCCGCCACUGGUCCAGUGCGCGUUGCAGUAAGAUAAUUGGAGACGAUGACGCGACGGUAUGACCUGUUCGGUUGGCCAGUACUGGUCUUGCUACUAUGCACAACGGCAAGUUCCAGUAGUGUGAACCCCAAUUUUAGCAAGGUUCCAUCAGCCUGGGCAGUUCGCAAGGGAUGGAAUCUACAAAUCCACCAUUAUCCAACCACGGGGGUAGCCUUGACAGUAAGAGGUGGUGCCAGUGAUGCUACUGGUAGAGAAGAUAAUAGCGACAAUCCACCAAAAACUCCACCCGAUGGCAAAAAGAAGAAGAGCCAAAAAGGAGCCACCGAUAACGAAUUGACAGACAACGAAGUUGACGAGGAAGAAGAUGAGGAUAAUUGGCAUGAUGCUCAAGAAGAGGAAGAUAUUGAUGACAUUGCAGCCCUGGAAGAGGAAGAAGACGAAGAAGAGCCGGAAGAGUGGGUAGAGGUAUUCGAUUCUGACCAAGAAGAUAACGAAGAAGAAGAGGAUGAUGAUUUCGUCAAGGUAGAAUCCACUGCUACCCCUCUUGUCGAUGACGAGGAAGAAGAGGUAGAAGAAGUUUCCUUGGCAGAGGUACUGGUAGACGAAGCCAUUGAGGAUACCUCCAUCGCAUUAGAUGUCAGCAACGACAAUGACGACGAUCAGGAAGAAGAGUCGUUUGUCGAUGCCUUGGAGGAUAUCGAAGAACAAGUUGAGGAGGACAUUAUCGAUGACAUUGAUAGUGUCCUCGUCACUUCCUCACUUUCAACAGCGCCUUCCAUCAAUACAGAUGACGAAAGUUCCUCUGCCAGUGUCGAUCGCAUGGAUCUGGCCGAUGCGUAUGACGUCGAGGAGGAGGAAGAAGAAGAAGUUGAGGGAGCCGUUCUGGUCACUGGAGACGAAGACGAAGAAGAUACCCAGCAAUCCACCAGCCCAGCAGCGCCUCAAGAAAUUGCACCCGGUGGAGGAGGUACCGACGACGAUACCAAUGUCGAAACAGCAACAGAAGAACAAGUGGAAGCUGCUGCCGUGGGGGAAACCACACAAGAAAUCACACCGGAAAUGAAACAGGCCCUCCAGGCAUUGCGUUGGAGAAAGCGAGAAAUUAAACACAUGAGACCCGACAUUGCCGCCGCCGUCCUUCACAAACAAUUGCAAAGACCGAGGGAAGGGAUGCCGGCACUAUGGUACACGACAACACCCACCACCAAGACCGUGGGACAAUUGGGAAAGGUUCUCAAAACGGUAUUGGUACCAUUUUGUGUUGGGGUGGCCAUUUAUGCCGGAUCCGAAAUUGUGGAUUGGAACGAUUGUGGCAAGUCCCUUCAGACCAUGUCGUCAAAAGUGGCAAGCAGCAUUGUACCCAAACAGCCGGUAGUCGAAUCGCAGGCAGAAUCCACACCGCAAGAGGAAGAAGAAGAAGAAGACAGCAGCGAAUCGGUACCAGUGACCCCAGAAGCAGCCGUCACAGAAGAACAACCUGUAAAGGCCACCACAACAGCGGACGACCUACACCCCCAUAGCGUGAAACCAGGCUCGCAUCAAGUGGAAGAUGUACAGGAUCAUAGCUGGCUCGACAAAAUCAUUACCAAGUUCGAGAAUGCACUGAAAGCUAUAUGGAACAAAGAACUGUGAAGAUACUGUAGGUAAUUGAAGGAACUAUGUGUCGUACUACGGGUAGGUAGUCUUGUUGUAGUGUACGCAUAACGAAUGGAUGAUGGGUUAGUGAAGAAGUGUUUGUGGUUAUUCAUAGAACCGAAUCAGCCAGCUCAAGUUGAGUAAGGUACCUGUGCUUAUCUAGCUACGGUAGAGGCGAAACUUAUGGAUCACUAUAAUAAUCGAUGUAAGAUCAGAUCUUUAUCCAGC